GUUUUCUUUCCCCCUCUGUGGUCGUCGUCAGCUGAGUGCUGAGCCCCUCUACCCUUUGCAUGCCAUGAAUCUGAUUCUCGUUGAUCUCUCUCUUGUCCAAGACGGGAUGGUGGUUCUCAGCGGCAGACAAGGCAAGCACUGCCGGGAAAUCCUCAAAGUCAAGGUCAGCAACCACAUGCACACGCGCACACAGACACACACUCACACAUCUGAUCUCUAUUCCUUCCCAUCAGUGCACUCAAUUCACUCAUUGCAGGUGGGUUCGGUCAUUCGUCUGGGCGUCAAGAACGGCGCCAAGGGCGAAGGAGAGGUCACUGCGAUGGACUCUGGCAGCGUCACGGUCAAGCUGCUGUUCGACUGCCAUUCGCCGUGCAAGGAGCCGAUGCCGCUCAUCGACCUUAUUGUGGGGCUGCCGCGGCCGAAAGUGUUCGAGAAAGUGCUUCAGACGGCCGCAACUAUGGGGGUGGGAAGACUGAUAUUCGUGUGCUCGACGCGUGCGGACAAGGCGUACCUGUCUUCACCCAAGGUCAAGGCUGACAGCAUUUGGGAGGACCUGCAGAUAGGUCUCGAGCAGUGCAUGUCUACGCGCUUCCCCGAUGUGCACGUCUACGCGUCAUGGGCCAUGCUGCUGCACGACCUGCCAGUUCGAUUCUGCCACCCGUCUGAUAGCAGCCGGUCUGCAACCCGGCUGCUGGUGGCCGACCCGUCCGCUGAGUCGACUCUCUCUGCUGCGCCUAUAGAGCUGCAGCGGCACUCGGAAGGAGGCGUGUUGCUGGCAGUGGGGCCGGAGGGCGGGUGGAUUCCAGAGGAGCUGGAGGGGCUCUAUCGGCUGGGCUUUCAUGGGUUCACGAUAGGGGAGAGGAUCCUGCGAGUGGAGGCCGCCUGUGUGGCCCUCAUGGCACAGGUAGGUAAAUACGCCGUCCCCCGCCCAACAAUGACAGAUAGAUGGUGCGGUUCUUUCAUGUGUCAAUCAGAUCGGUAUGCUGCUGAAUGAUCCUGUGCUGCGGAAUGGUCUCCCGCCCGCCACAAGGGGGAAGGGCGGCGCGUCACCGGCAAUGGCUGCUGCAGGGGCUGAGUCAGUCGUGCGGCUGCCGAUCAAGGGGGCCAAACAAGCAAAGGAGGCCGACGCGAGAGAGGGAGAGGGCGAGGGGAUGGGAGAUGCAAGGGAGGCGGAUGACGGUUGUGUACAGGAUGACUCUCCUGAGUGACUGACAGAGGGUGCUGGAUGGGAUGGAUGGGGGCUCCUGCUGCAUGUGAGGUGAGAAGACGAGACAGACAGAGAAGGUUGGUUGACCAGGUAUCUCAUUCACUCAUUCAUGGACACACACACACGUCCAUCCAGGCAUCAGGCAUCAUGCAAUCAAUCGUUCGGCUGUACGAACACAUAAUCGUAGUCGGUCUGCCUGGCUGCCCGCCGGUCACACACACACACACACACACAGACAUGAAGGAAGGCAAUCGAGGAGGGCCAGGCAAGGGAAGAGGCAAGAAGGCAGCUAGCCAUAGGCUUGCAACUGUGCGUUGCGUUUGAUCCAUGAAUCCACCAGUCACGCAAUGCAAUCACGGAGCUAUAUGUGCUGCGCUGCAAUUCUCUCUUUGUGCCUUCUCUUGUUAGUCGAUUCUUAACCACCACACCGCAAGAAGGAAGAGAAGAACAAGGGAAUGAAUGGAUCAAGGGAAGGAAGCAAAGAUCGGUGGAUGGAUGGAUGGUAUGUGGCCGUCCGUACAUCUGUACGCACCACGUCAUGAUGCA